CACUUAGUUGGAUCGUACAUUUGAGUCGGCUUAGAUCUCGGAACGGCACAAAUGAUAUAAAGUGGAUUUCGAAUUAAGUGGAAUUACGGAAAUAGACUGUUAAUUUAAGGGUUGGUGUCGUUGACAACACAAGUGUCUAUUAAGCGCAUUUUCGGAUACGCAAUUAGUGAAGCACAGCCUUAACAUGGCGAGUGUGAAACGGUUAUCAGGAUUUUUAUUAAUAUCAUCCUUGUUGUUAUUCGCAACUGCUGACGUUCGAGUAAAACGACAAGAUGACGACGAGAAUGCAGAGCAAAACAUCGAUGAAUUGUGUCAAGAUCGACCCGGCGACGAAUAUUUCCGCUUAUCAUCAGAAGGCGAUUGUCGUGAUGUUGUAAGGUGCGAUAAUUCUGGAGAGAGGAGAAGUAUAAGUCGCUUAGCAUCAGUUCGUUGUCCCGGCGGUUUGGCAUUCGAUAUUGAACGUCAAACAUGUGACUGGAAGACGAACGUUAAGAACUGUAAAGAAUUAGAGAAACCAAGAAAAGUGUUGCCGAUUUUGAAAACAGAUGAACCAGUUUGCCCGGAAGGAAAGCUAUCAUGCGGUAAUGGAGAAUGUAUCGAAAAGGAAUUGUUUUGUAAUGGAAAACCGGACUGUAAAGAUGAAUCUGAUGAGAAUGCGUGCACUGUUGAUUUAGAUCCAAAUCGUGCACCCGAUUGUGACACAACUCAAUGCGUCUUGCCUGAUUGCUUCUGUUCAGCUGAUGGAACUCGUAUUCCUGGAAAUAUUGAACCAUCACAAGUGCCACAAAUGAUAACCAUCACUUUCAAUGGUGCUGUGAAUGUCGACAACAUUGAUUUGUAUGAAGACAUUUUUAACGGUCAACGUCAGAAUCCCAAUGGCUGUCAAAUCAGAGGAACAUAUUUCGUUUCACACAAAUACACCAAUUAUUCAGCUGUGCAAGACUUGCAUCGUCGCGGUCAUGAGAUUUCUGUUUUCUCGCUUACACACAAGGAUGAACCGAAAUACUGGACACAAGGAACUUACGACGAUUGGUUGGCAGAGAUGGCUGGCGCCCGUUUGAUUAUUGAACGCUUUGCCAAUAUUACUGAUGGAAGUAUUAUUGGUGUUCGUGCUCCAUAUCUGCGUGUCGGUGGUAAUAAACAAUUUGAAAUGAUGGCAGAUCAAUUUUUCGUGUAUGAUGCAUCCAUCACAGCAUCUUUGGGACGUGUGCCAAUUUGGCCAUAUACACUUUACUUCCGCAUGCCCCACAAAUGCAACGGAAAUGCACACAAUUGCCCGUCCCGUAGUCAUCCAGUUUGGGAGAUGGUUAUGAAUGAAUUGGAUCGUCGUGAUGACCCAACAUUUGAUGAAUCUUUGCCAGGUUGUCAUAUGGUUGAUUCGUGCUCAAAUAUUCAAACUGGAGAACAAUUCGGAAGACUUUUACGUCACAACUUCAAUCGUCAUUACAAUACCAACCGUGCACCUUUAGGUCUUCAUUUCCAUGCCUCGUGGUUGAAAUCAAAGAAGGAAUACCGUGAAGAAUUAAUUAAAUUCAUUGAAGAAAUGUUAGGCCGUAAUGAUGUUUUCUUCGUCACUAUGUUACAAGUCAUUCAAUGGAUGCAAAAUCCUACCGAGCUUAAUUCACUCCGUGACUUCCAAGAAUGGAAAGAAAAGUGCGAUGUCAAAGGUCAACCUUACUGUUCACUUCCGAAUGCCUGCCCAUUAAACACCAGAGAGUUGCCAGGCGAGACUCUUCGUCUUUUUACGUGCAUGGAAUGUCCAAAUUCAUAUCCAUGGUUGUUAGAUCCAACAGGCGAUGGUCUCUAAAUAAUUCCAUCAACCUUUGACUUUCCAAUUUUAAUUUUUUACCUUUUUUUACAUUUUAAUUUUGUUAGACUCAAAAAACAAAAGUCAAUUUUUUAAAUACACAAAUUAUUUAAAUUUUCUCCCUAAGACAUAGCUAAGCAAAGCAUUUACUUUCAAACUUUCUUAAAAUCUCCACUGUCAUUUCAAGUUGUUUCAAAAUCGUUUGAAGACACGAAACACAAAAAUCUUUUACAAAGUAAUAAAUGAAAAAGAACUGAAAUACAUUCAAAUCAUGAUAGAAAUCGAAAGCGGAGCAAUAUGAAAAGUUUGAAAUGUUUUUGUGUAAAUAAGAAGAAAAAGUUUCCAAUAAAAAACAAUUUAUAAAAAAUAUUUAGAUUUGCUUUUCUAUACUUUGAAAAUUUUAUUCAAACAUAGAAGAUUUUAAAGUUUUCGCUUUGAAAGCAUUAAAUGUCGACCACAAAUGUCUCUUUUUUGACUCUGCUUUUUCCAUUCCUUGGUAGUUACAAGUAAGCUUCAACCGCCACUUUGAUUUCCAACGGAAUAUCUCUUAAGUUGGUCGAACAUAAAUUUAUAAAAUGUCUGGUAUGAGGUUUUCUCCCGUUGAAAAUUAUAAUUUGAUAAUGUUA